AUGUCUCCCCGUGCAGUCCGCUUGAAAACCGAGCCUCCUGCCGAUGACGACGUGCAAGUGAAUAGCAAGUCAGGCAAGAGACGCGCUGUAUCUGCGGCAUGUCUUCCUUGUCGAAGGCGGAAGUCGAAGUGCGAUGGCGCUUUACCAUCAUGCUCGACUUGCACCGCCGUCUACCGAUCGAAAUGCUUCUACGACAUCGCCAAUGAUCCUCGGCGCCGCAGCCCGUUGCAAUCCGACAUUGAUUUCUUGCAAUCACAGGAUGAUUUGGAAUCGGUGCAACAGCAACACCAACACCAACACCAACAGAACGAUACGGUCGACGUGAUCGUCACUGCUCUCCGAGAGCUCCCCGAAGCCGACUCGAUCGCACUCUUGCACACCCUUCGAACCGGCACCGACCCUGCUAUCUUGGCUGAAACGCUACGAGCGAAUGCCAAUUUGGCACAAAGCGGCCAUGGCCAGCAUCCCGUUCACGCCGGAAUCGAACGUCACCAAUCAACUGGAUCAAGGUACGGAAGAGGCAAUGAAAGCCAGCCAGGCGCAUGGACGGGCUCUGAAGAAGACCGCGAGCGGUCAUCCAUUACAUCCUCCACCGCAGCUGCGCCGUGGUUGCGCACGCCACCUGACCCUGAAUUCACCCAACACCUCCUCGAUCUCUACUUUUGCUGGGUCCAUCCCUUCUGCCCCUUCUUCUCGCAAGAGCUCUUCCUCCGCGACAUGAGCCGUGGAGGCGGUGAGUGCUUCAACCCACUGCUGCUGAAUGCCAUCCUAGCUUUUGCAUGCCAUUACUCCGACCGUCCAAUGGCUCGGAGAGACGAGCGCGACACUUCAACAGCCGGCGAGCAAUUCUUCGUGGAGGCCGCACAGCUCCUCGACGCUAAUGGCGCGCCGAGCCUUACGACGGUGCAGGCACUGGGCGUCAUGAGCGUACGGCAGACAUCGUGUGGGCGGGAGAGCAGUGGUUACCAAUACGCCGGCAGGUGCAUUCGCAUGGCGCUGGAGCUGGGACUGCACCUUUCGUCGACGAAUAUCGGGCAGCGCUCGGAGGAGAGUGAGAUGCGCAAGACAACGUUCUGGAGCGUGUUCAACCUCGAGACGAUCUCCGCCGUCUCCGUGGGCCGAAUGUCCCAACUGCCCCGAUCUGCGGUCGACGUACCACGACCGAGUAUCCCAGAGCGGAGUGAAGAGCAGGCUUGGCAGCGCUACAUCGACAUCAAUGUGUCGCCGGAGGAAGAUCUACGACAGCCCGCGCACUCCAUGCUCUUCUUCAAUGAGCUGUGCAAUCUGUGCGAGCUCGCGAGCGACAUGGUGAACAGCUUCUACGCGCCGCGCGAGCCCUUUACCAGCAGGCGCUUGGCGAUGUUGUACGGCCGUUUCCAGGAGUGGUAUCACAACCUUCCGAGUCCGCUGUGGUUGGAGAACACAUCGCUACCGCAUGUGGUCGUUCUGCACAUGUACUAUCAUGGCUGUGUAUUGCACCUCUUCCGCCCAUACAUCAAACUUGAUCUGCAGACAGUCAACCUCUUUCCCCGCGACACAUGCACCGCCUGCGCAAACAAAAUCUCCGAAUUGACGGGGCAUCUGCGCUCCAUGUACGGUCUGCGCCGCACGAGUUCCCUCGUCCCUACGCUGUUGCUGUCCGCGACCACCAUCCACCUCCUCCACCUGCCCUCCGAAACAGCAUCUACCCAUCUCCACCAAGCCAUGCUCGACCUCGAAGCCAUGGCCGUAAACCAUCCAUUCGCCGGCCGCUGCAUCGAGAUUAGCCGCUCCCUCGCCGCCAAGUGGAACAUUGCCCUUCCGGACGAGGUAGUGCCGGGCAGCACACAACGCGCAGUGUACCCCGAUACUCCCAUCCAUUCCGCUGCGUGGACGGCAUCGAUUUCCCACCAGCCACACGACAUGUUUGACGAUGGCGGUCCACCGCCGCUUAAGCCGCAACAUCCGCAGCACCAUGGGGACGAGCAGGGGACUCUGCGCUCCACAGCCGCGCUCCCUCCCGUCACGUACCCACUUUACUACGCGUCAAACUACCUGACGAUGGAAGCGCCGCAAAAUCAACAGCAGCAGCAGCAGCAGCAGCAGCAAAGGGAAGCACGCAAUCCCUCGCUGCAGCGCAUGCCGUCUUUCUGGACCCCCUUCCCAACGCAAAACAUCGCCGUCGGCACGCAGGGCGUCACGCCCUCCAUUACCACCCCCUCGAUGACGGCCUACUUCACGCCGCCGUUUGAAGAUCAGGGGCUUGCGCAGUGGGGUAAGCCGGAGGAGUCGGGCGGCGUGGCUGCGGGCCGGACGACGCUGCCGCCUCCGCCGACGCCGACUACGCACCAGCAGUAUAGCGGUUGGCAGUGGCAGCAGUGA